AUGAACGACUGUCCGAGUAAACAGGAACUGCAGAAUUCUCUCCGUCAGGCGCACAAGUUGCUUUCAGCCCAUGAGGCCUCAUACCUGCAGAGUCUCCGCACACUGAGAAAGAAACUCAGCCUACUGCAAAACAGCACGGCACGCCUGUCUGCAAAACCCAAUAAUGCUACUUGCCCAAAGCUAGAUGCUCCAGCCAAUGGUCGGAAGUUGGGGAAAAUUCUGCUGCCUGGGCAUGAGAUUCAUUUCCUGUGUGACGCAGGCUAUGAGCUCAUGGGAUCAGAGACACGGCAGUGUAAAGAAUCACUAAGCUGGAGUGGGCAGCAGCCAGUCUGCAAGGAUAUAAAUGAGUGUGCCUCCUCUCCCUGUAUGAAUGGAGGCACAUGUACAGAUGAGGUAAAUGGAUUCACCUGCACGUGUGCCAAAGGAUGGGCUGGCCCAGCCUGCCAGUCCCCGACACCAACAUUCUUUGUCACCAUUACUAACACAUCCGCUGCCAGCGCUGGAGCUGCAGCCGCGUCUUCGUUCCCCCCGGCCACCACUUCUCCUUUCGUGCGCCCGUCUAAGUGUACCCACGUUCAAGGAACAACCCACUGCACCUGUGAACCCGGGUAUACCAUUUCAGGACGAGAUAACAGUAUCUGCACUGACAUUGAUGAAUGUGAACUGUUCCAUAACGGGCAAGCUGGUCGUCUGUGUUUGCACAGCUGUGUUAACACGCCCGGUGGUUACCGCUGCACCUGCCCUGCUGGAUACAAUCUGACCAGAGAUGGACGCAACUGCAAAGAUAUUGAUGAGUGUGCCAACAGACAAAACAACUGCACUCGAGACCAGCUCUGCAUCAACACUUAUGGGGGCUACCAGUGUGUUCGUGUGGAGUGCAAUCGUAUUCGAAAUGCCACAUAUGCCAAAACCUCAUCCACACGGUGUGAGCGGAACCCCUGUCCUAUAGAUAACAAGGCUUGCUCUCAAGCACCCAACUCUGUGUCUCAUCACUUCAUGGCUGUGGUUUCCAACCUGUCUGCCCCACGGGUCAUGUUCCGGGUGUCUGCUGUCAGGGUGAUGGGCGACACCCUGCGCUUCUCUUUGUUGGGUGGCCGCGGGCGCCGUCACUUCACUGUGCAGCGCUCAGACCGCCAGACAGGCCAGCUUCUACUGGUGACCCCAAUCCAGGGCCCCACCACUCUGGAAGUUGAGGUAGAGAUGAGUGAGCUGGAGAGAAAGGUCCUACUUGGUCGCUACAUCACCAAAAUCACAGUGUUUGUUUCCCAGUACGAGUUCUAG